AUGCCUACCUACAAUAUUGUCGUUCUCGCAGGGGAUUAUGCAGGCCCUGAGGUGACGGCUGAAGCAGUCAAGGUCUUCCAUGGACAGAUCUUGAAAGUCGUCGAGAAGUCUUCGAAAGAUAUCAAGUUCAAUUUUCAAGACCACUUACUUGGAGGUGCUUCAAUCGAUGCCCACGGUGACCCAUUGACCGAUGAGGCUCUCUCCGCUGCCAAAUCAGCCCACGCAGUUCUGCUAGGUGCAAUCGGUGGACCCAAAUAUGGAGUCGGAAAAGUUCGUCCAGAGCAAGGGCUACUGAAACUCCGCAAAGAAAUGGGAACAUUCGGCAAUCUAAGACCUUGUUUCUUCGCUUCACCCAGUCUGGCCAAGAACUCCCCUCUCAAGGAAUCCGUCUGUGAAGGUACCGACUUCAUGAUCGUCCGCGAGCUUACAGGCGGUAUCUACUUUGGAGACAGAGUCGAGGGCAACCCCGAGGAUGGCGAGAACGAGUGGGCAGAAGAUCGAGAACCCUACUCACGAAAGGAAAUCGAACGCAUCACCCGUCUAGCAGCAUAUCUGGCACUGGCAAAGAGCCCACCCAGCAAAGUCUUCAGCUUAGACAAGGCCAAUGUGCUCGCGACAAGCCGACUGUGGCGGAGAGUAUUUACCGAGACAAUGCAAAAAGAAUUCCCCCAGUUGGAGUUCGAGCACCAAUUGAUCGAUUCGGCUGCGAUGAUCAUGGUCAGGAACCCACGGGCACUGAACGGCGUGAUUGUCACAUCAAAUCUCUUCGGCGACAUCAUUUCUGACGAAGCCUCUGUCAUCCCCGGUAGUCUGGGUUUGCUUCCUAGUGCCAGUCUCAGCGGUGUACCGGAUGGCAAGGGACUUUGCAACGGCAUCUACGAACCCAUCCAUGGAUCUGCACCUGACAUUGCAGGCAAGGGCAUCAUCAACCCUGUGGCCGCCAUCCUUAGUGUCGCCAUGUUACUUCUGUACAGUCUGAACCUCCCCAAGGAGAGUGUAUUGGUGGAGCAGGCAGUAAGUCUUGUCAUCGACAAGGGUAUCACGACAAAAGAUAUUGGUGGCAGCAGCUCAACCGUCGAGGUGGGUGAUGCCGUGGCUAAGGAGCUCGAAGGUCUAUUCAAACAACAAUAA